GUAACAGGAGGAGGAGCUGGAUUACUGUCAAAACAUAGGAAAGCCCAUACCAAUAUACCCGCUACACGUAAGUCUGCCCCAACCACUGUUGGAGUCAAGAAGCCCCUUCAUUACCGUCCUGGAACUAUUGCACUUCGAGAUCUCAUUGGAAGUGUAGAUAUGGAAGAGCCACAUGUGGAUCGUACAACUUUGCCUGUGCUGCAUCCUGGUCGACAAAAUGGAGCUAAAUGGUUUAACCACCACACCCAAGUAUCAACUGCUGUGAGAAAGAUCAUUCAAAGUUGUUUCAAAGGACCAUGGUACUCUUGGAAAAGAGUGCCAGUUUUCUACAAACAAACAUGGUUUAGUCUGUUCAAGCUUGCUGCUUAUCGUCUCCGAGGAAUGAUAAGCCAUGCUGCUGGGCCAUCUAAACAAGGCUAUGUCUUUGGACUGGGAGCUCUAAAGGAAUUUGUUGUACCAUCUGCUAAUGCUUCUUCAAGUCAACCACAACCAGAAGAAGCAGAGAUGAUUGCAAAUCGGCUGCAAGAGUUGGAAGCUGAAGUCAAACAAAAUCAUGAAGAAAAUCUGGAAAUUAAAAAAAGACUAAGCUAUGGAGAAGAUGGCUGAGUCUUUUGCAAAUCAGAAUGCUUAAAGCUACUAAAACCAUCCAUCGUCCAUCAUCUAUCUAAUUUAGUAAUUCUAGUUUCUUUUUAUUUUAAGUAAUGUUUAGUUUUUAUUUUAUUAAGACUUUUUAUUUUAUAAAUUCUGUUUGUGUAUUGACUUUGCUUCGACAUAAGUAAUAUAAUGUUUGGUUUAUUAUA